UGUGAAGCUGUUACCUGUUUACAUACAAAAGAUUUGUUGGUUGGAUUUCAUCUAGGAAAAGAAAAAUCUCCAUCAGGAAUAAUUCAGCAAAAGACUGUAACAUCCAUCCAAACCUGACCAUGGAAAUGACACCCCAGCCUGUGAUAAUGACUCAGCCGCAACGCCACACAUCUACGCGGAGUUUUGAGUGGCAGACUGACCUCUGUGAUUGUGGCAGCGACUGCCGAAUCUGCCUCUGCGGAACGUUCUGCUUCUGGUGCCUGGGGUGCAAAGUUGCCAAGGACAUGGACGAAUGCUGCUGCUGCGGCCCAAGCGUGGCCAUGAGGACUCGCUAUCGGACCCAGUACAGGAUCCCGGGAUCCAUCUGCUCAGACUGCUGCACUGUUGUCUUUUGCGCUCCCUGUAAUCUUUGUCAACUGAAGCGGGAUAUCAACAGGAGGAAAGAGUUAGGAAUAUUCUAGAAAGGAUAGAUCCUCCUGAUAUCCCCACUGCCUCUAAUGACCCCGCCUCUUCCAACAGCCACGACAGGCCGCUACACCAGGGAGCUCUUGUUCUACUGUUCCAGGCAGAGGGGGAAGCUCCUGCUAUCCAUUUGCAGCAAUACUUCACUUUUUUGUCCAAGAAAACAAAGACAUCAGCUGUUUUCCUACCACUUCCUCCUAUCUGGUGCUUGUUCUUGCUUGCAGAAGGGAGAAGGAAGGAGAAAAAUACUAUAUUGCCUAAGUGCUUGAUGAUCCACCAGUUGUCUGGACGGACCCAACAGCAUUCUGUACUGAGAUCACUUUCCCCCUUUCUUUCACGUCUUCUUGCAUUUUAGAAGUUCCUGUAUCCAGAAGCCUGACAUUGAGAGCAGAACCACAAGUGACGCCUGACACAGGUUGGACACUUGCCAGCUUCCCUCAAGUUUUGAUGGGAAAUGUAGGCAGCUUGGUGGAAUGUUGGACAAGUGACAGUUGAAAAGUCCAUUGGGCAGCAGUCGGAGAGCCAAGCUGCAAGACCAGGACGCCUACAUUUCCCAUCAAAACUUGAGGGAAGCUGACAAGUGUCCAAUCUGUGCCUUUUGUCACUUGUGGUUCUGCUCUGAGUCUUCCAGUAUGCAUCAUUAUAGUAUCCAGAAAACCAUCCAAUAACACUCAGGUUGCUAUCCCGCUAGGGAAAAAGUAGACCAGUCUCUGGUCGUCUGAGCCACUUUUCAGAUUAUCGGUGUUUGUAGAAAAUCCAGAUUCUGGGAGCAGGGCCAGCAGAAGGAUUUGGGGGGCCAUAGGCUAGGGAGAGGGAGCUGCCCCCCACAUGCAACAGGGAGGCAGGAAGAUGCUGCUUGCCCGUGGGUGACAGAAUGAGGAAAGGACCUGCCGGGGAAUCUCCCAGGGCUGCCACUUGCCACGGCAGAUAUCUGGUUAUCACCGCUUCACAUCUGAUGUACUAGGAAAUUUCCUAGGUGCACCUAACGGACAGGUUGGCCCUGCCGGCAUCUGGUUGCCCCAGAGGUUUUUGGAACAAUUCUGGCCAGCUGCCACUGCAAUUCUCAGCAUGAUUAUAAUAUUUGAUUAGAUUUUUUGAGCUCUGACUCAAACUAACGCACCAGCAAGGUUGCAGAAAGGCUCUCAAGGUACUCCGUUCCUGUGGCAUCCCGUCUUUUGGGGUGACCAACGGCCAGGAUUGGGACAUCAACCAAAUGACUGUUUAUUAUUUAAUUGCAGUCAAAUGCGUCCCAGUAUUGCAUGUAGUAAAGAAUGCCUUUUUGUAAACCAAACUUUGUAUCGCACUCGCCCCUUAAGCCCUGCAGGCUCAGGGUCACACAGACAGACGUCUCACUUACAAGCAGGAACUUGCUGGGCUGCAAUACCGUCCUAAAUCUCCUGAUUAAGUCACAUUGUUUAGUUUUUUCCUGACUGGCCACGUGCUGUAACAUCACGGACACUGAAAACAGGAGCACAUGAAGAAAAAUGACACACAAGCCAUGGUCCCAAGAAUCCACACAUCACAAACGCUCAGCUCUUUGUUGUUCUUCUAAUAAAUGAAUUAUUUAAA